CGGAAGGUUAAGGCAGCUUCACCGCUGGCCGCCAUUUUGGCUCCAUGUGAGCCGCCCUCUCGUGUCAGCGGGUCUUCUACAUGAAGGUGAACCGUCCCCGGCAGUGAAACACGGUGAAAAUGGCUUCGUUGCGUGUAGCGACGAGGAUGUUCUGCGCUGCGGCAGAAACAGCAGCUGCAGCAGCAGCAGCUCCGGCCAAGAGCACCCGCUGGGAGAGAGUGAGGAACAGUAAAGCAGGCGUGUGGUGUCGCAGCCUGGUCUCAGAUUAUAAAGAGGCCUGCAGGGAGAUAGUGGUUGGUGCCUGGGGGCGACCGGCCAAAGCCACAGUAUACGUGACUCUGAUGGGUGGGGCCGGGGCUUGUUUCUACACAAACCCUGACCAGUCGUCCUUUGAGGCCGCCCUGCUGGAGCACUCCAACCAGCUGGGCCUGCUGUCCCCGUGGAUCCGCAACGCGAAGUCGGACGGCCACAUCCAGAGUCUAGUGAAGUUCCGUAACGAGGGCCGUCUCCGACAUGCCAGCCUGGGUCUUCUCUCUCUGGUUUACUGGGCCAACUACGACACUGACUCCACACUGUACGAAGCCCAGUGCUCCAAUCUGUCCAUGCCGUGGUUGGAGUUCCAUCAGCGGGUUCUGGAUGUGGGCUUCGGCAGCCGCUGGUGGAUGCUGGACUCAAAGAUGCAGGACUAUGAUAUGAAUGAGGGAGAGUUCAAGCACCUACCAGCUCACAUGCUGGUAUCAUCUCCACCGAGCGUUCAGGAGGUGGAAACGAACGAGAGGUUGCACAAAGAGUCCUGGUUAGCGCUGACAAUGGAGGAUGAGGUAGAAGAAGCACAUGUAGUAGACAGUUAUGAGGAGAAAGUUAGUGCAGAACCAACAGAACCAGUGAAAGAGGAACAGACUUGAUGUUACAUACUGCCAGAACAAAGUGUUUAUUCCCACUGGUCAGGUAUUGCUGGAUUCUCAUUUUUCAUCUAUGACUGUCCCACUGUUUACUGCUGCCACUAACCACCAAGAAAGAGGAAACAUUCACAACUUUAUCUCAUCAAAAUAAAAGCAGCCCAUCAGAAUCCUCAACUGGGUUUUAUUUAUUCCAACAUGUAUUGUCUCACAAAGUUUUACUAUUAUACCACGUGUCAAUAAAUCUGUCGCUUAUUUCCCAGUA